AUGACGGUGCAGAGGCGCGAAACGAGGGGGACAGAGGUGACGCAGGUCCCGGAGCGGCCUUUUGAGGUCCCGGAGCGGCCUUUUGAGGUCCCGGAGCGGCCUUUUGAGGACCAGGAGUGGCCUGUUGAGGUCCAGGAGCGGCCUUUUGAGGACCAGGAGCGGCCUUUUGAGGUCUUGGAGCGGCCUUUUGAGGUCCCGGAGCGGCCUUUUGAGGACCAGGAGUGGCCUUUUGAGGUCUUGGAGCGGCCUUUUGAGGACCAGGAGCGGCCUUUUGAGGUCUUGGAGCGGCCUUUUGAGGUCCCGGAGCGGCCUUUUGAGGUCCCGGAGCGGCCUUUUGAGGACCAGGAGCGGCCUUUUGAGGACCAGGAGCGGCCUUUUGAGGACCAGGAGCGGCCUUUUGAGGACCAGGAGCGGCCUUUUGAGGUCUUGGAGCGGCCUUUUGAGGACCAGGAGCGGCCUUUUGAGGACCAGGAGCGGCCUUUUGAGGACCAGGAGCGGCCUUUUGAGGCCCAGGAGCGGCCUUUUGAGGACCAGGAGCGGCCUUUUGAGGCCCAGGAGCGGCCUUUUGAGGCCCAGGAGCGGCCUUUUGAGGCCCAGGAGCGGCCUUUUGAGGCCCAGGAGCGGCCUUUUGAGGUCCAGGAGCGGCCUUUUGAGGACCAGGAGCGGCCUUUUGAGGACCAGGAGCGGCCUUUUGAGGCCCAGGAGCGGCCUUAUGAUGGUCCAGGAGGACUGUGGGACUCUGUGAAGAAAGCUGCUUUUGUGAUUGGCUCUGGAAUCCUGCUCCUCGCUGCGUUUGGGAACUCUCUCACAUGGCACCUGCAGAGGUUCUGGGGAGCGUCUGGAGACUUUUGGCAGAAACAGUGGAACAGACUUUACACCGAGUUCGAAGGACACGACCAGAAGCUCUUCUACAUCGGUACGAUGCUGGUACCUACGCUGGUGUUUUGGGGGACCAAUGCUCUGCUGCUGAUCGUCGACGUCACAGCCAAACCUUCGUUCAUCACAAAGUUCAGGAUCCAGCACGACAAAAACAAUCCGGUGGACCGGGCGCGGCUGCCGCACCUGCUGAAGACAGUGCUGUUUAACUACAUCUUUGUGUCGGGGCCGAUGCUUGUGGUGUCGUACCACAUCAUGUCCACCAGAGGGAGUCCCUGUGCUCCACAGCUGCCCACCUUCCACUGGGCUCUGCUGGAACUCACUGCAUUCGCCAUUAUAGAGGAGGUCUUCUUCUACUACUCUCACAGAUUGUUCCAUCAGCCGCGGUUCUACAAACAGUUUCACAAACAGCAUCAUGAGUGGACGGCUCCGAUCGGCAUCGUCUGUAUCUACGCACACCCCCUGGAACACAUGGUCUCCAACAUGUUCCCGGUGGUCCUGGGUCCGGUCCUCCUGGGGUCCCAUGUCAGUACCAUGGGUCUGUGGCUGUGUUUGGCUCUGAUCAGUACAACAGUCUCUCACUGCGGAUACCACCUCCCCCUGCUGCCCUCCCCCGAGUUCCACGACUACCACCACCUCAGGUUUAACCAGUGCUAUGGCGUGUUGGGGAUCCUGGACCGUCUGCACAGAACCGACACCAAGUUCAGACAAACCCAACAGUACCAGCGGCACACCCUCCUCACCAGCCUCACUCCCCUAACCAUCAGCAUCCCGGACCAGAAGGGACUGUAG